CAUGCGGGUAAGACUUCCCGAAGAUCUAAAAGGGGGGCGCAUUUUAAAGUUGACACUUCCCGAGUUGAUUUAACAGAGGAUCACUCCUACGUUUUAGUGAAUGAGGCCCCAAUUAAUAUUGUUGCAGACAAUCUCGACAUAGGUGCGGAGUACGAAAUUGGGCCUAAUGAUAAUAUUGACCCAACGUGGAAGAUUGGUAGGCGGGUUGUUGAGUUAGAGCUGCUGGCUCAAAACAUGUUCUGCGAUGUAUACAAUUCGCCCCUCCAUCUCUCCAACACACUGUGGGAGCGCAGACUUGGACUUGGAAGCACGCUCCAUAUUCAGUGCACCAACGCGGUGUGUGAUGCUGUAUGCCAAGUGGACACUGGAAAACGGGGAUCAUCAGGGGCGUUUGAUGUAAAUUCCAAGGCUGCUAUAGGUAUGGUUCAUGCUGGAAUUGGCCCAUCACAGGUUAAUAAUUUUCUGGUGGAGUGCAACAUACCCCCCAUUGCUACAUCCACUCUUAAAAGAAAAGAGUCACUGAUUGGAAAGACUUUGGUGGAAGCUGCAUCAACAUCAUGCAGAGAUGCUCAAACUGAAGAAAAAGAAUUGAGUUCAGAAAAGGUAAUUUUAUUGGACAUGUUUUCUUUAUCUCCUUUUGCAUUACAUAUUUUGUCAUAUAUGUCACAAAUGGUAAGUUCAAAAUGUACAUUUGUAACCAAAUUUUCAGCAAUUAACAUAAACAACUCUCCGAUCGAGGAUUCCAGCUUGAUGUGUUUCAUGCAGAUAACGACUCCACAACAACUGCAAGAAUGCUUUUGGACUUCCCAAAAUUAG